AUGAGUAGUCCUAGUCUCAAAUUGUACUACUUUAACUUACGGGCACGUGCCGAGUUCAUUCGUCUUAUACUUGCAGCUGCAGGUCGUGCUUGGGAUGAUAUUCGCUUGGACUUUACACACAUAACAUUAUUUUUGAACUGCCCUCAAUGGGCUGAGUACAAACCAAAAAUGUUGCUUGGCCAGGUACCUGUACUUGAAUUUGCAGAUGGAACACAAUUACCUCAGUCAUUUGCGAUUGCUCGGUAUAUAGGACGGGAAACAGGUCUGGCCGGUGAAAAUGAUCUUGAAUCGGCUAAAAUCGAUGCUGUUGUUGAUACUCAAUGGGAUAUGAACGAUUUGUUCCUCAAUAGGUGUAUAUUCGAAAAGAAUGAAGAUAAAAAAGCUCAAGAACUCGAGAAAUUCUUAGACAACGAUCUCACCGUUCAUAUUGAGAAAUUGAUGAAACUGAAGAAAGCUUACAGUUCAAAUUCAAGUUAUUUUGUUGGCAACAAUUUAUCUUGGGCCGAUCUUUAUGUUUAUCAGUCAAUGGAUAGAGUUAUAAGGGCGGCACCCCAGGUCAAAAAUAAAUUGGAUGAAAAUUUCAAGGAAGUUUUUGAUGCUAUUGAAAACAAUCCAGGAAUAAGAAAAUAUUUGAAGGAACGACCAGAUACACCAUUUUAG